UUGAACAAAAUGAAGUACAGGACAUCAAAACCCGAUAUUUGCGAGACAGUUUUGUUCACACCGCUUACUACAACACCUCCCAGACGUAAAUACGACAGCCGAUUUGUGUUUUUGGUCUUUACAAUUGUGUUUACUUUGAUACUGUUAUGUUUUGCUUCACUCAGCGUCGUUUAUUUAUUGCAUUACGAUUCAGAUUUAUGCAAAUUAUGGACGCAUUCUGACAAGCCAAGCAUUGUGUCCAUCCCUGGUGUCACGAAUGCUAUAAAUAUUUCGUCGCCACAAUGCAGUGUGGGCUCCGAGGCAAACCGCUAUGACUGUUGGCCCCAGUUUAAGGGCGCUUCCCAGGAGUCGUGUCAAGCCAGGGGGUGUUGUUGGUCACCCACCCCAUCCCAAGGAGUACCCUACUGUUACUACCCGUCCAACUAUGUUGGUUACAAGGCCACGAAUAUCGACAGAACACCAAAUGGACUGACUGCAGAUGUCACACGCACCACUAAAUCGGCCUAUCCAGACGAUGUGAUGCUGCUGAAACUGAGUGUCACGUUUGAAACCAAGGAGAGACUACGUAUCAAGGUUCCUUUUCAAAUUGAGGGCUCUUUGUAA